GUUGAGCGUUUCCUGGUCAACUCGAGAAGUUCUGAUGAAACAAGCAGAAACAAACGAGCUCUGCGGACGUUUAUCUGAGAGGUUUUAAGUGUUAAAGAGCAGCCAGACCUUCAUACUAGUUAAUGUGCGUUAGCAUUAGCAUUAGCCUCAGAACCAGGAAAGGCGUCCGCUCAUCAGAACCAUCGACAUAUAUAAAUAUCAGAACCAACAGUUUUUUCAGGAUGCAAAGCCGGCAGAGGAGGUCCCACCUGGGCCUGCUGUUCCUGGCCUCCCAGCUGUUCCAGGUGGGCCUGGACAACAUCCCCCCCGUCACUCUGGCUGUCCUGGCUCUGAACGUCUACCUGUUCCUGUUUCCAGUUGCUCCGCUUCUAAAGACUUGUGUAAGCGUCCAUCAGGUGUACCGGUUUAACGAAUGGAACCGACUCCUCCUGUCCCCCGUCCACCAUGCAGACGACUGGCACCUGUACUUCAACAUGGUGUCCUUCCUGUGGAAGGGCAGCCGGCUGGAGCGGCGGCUGGGCGGAGCCUGGUUCCUGUACGUGCUGUCCGUCUUCUCUCUGCUCAUCGGGUUGGUCUACCUUCUGAUGGAGGCGUUGCUCACCGCGCUCACCGAUGACCAGUCCUACAGCUUGUCGUGUGCGGUCGGAUUCUCAGGCGUCCUGUUUGCUCUGAAGGUGCUGAAUAACCAUUACCACCCUGGAGGUGUGACUUACGUGAUGGGUGUUCCUGUAGCUAACCGCUAUGCUAGCUGGGUGGAGCUGGUGCUGAUCCACAUCACGACGCCUGGGACCUCCUUUGCCGGUCACCUGGCAGGUAUCCUGGUGGGUCUGCUCUACACGUCUGGACCUCUGAAGACCAUCAUGAAGAGAUGUGCAGAGUUCGUCACGGCGAACGAUCAGCGCCCGUACCGGGGGGGUGGGUUCUUCAGGUCGUCCGGUACUCCAGGUGGUGGAGGCUCCGCAGGUAACUACAGAGCAGGUGAUGCAGCGUCUUACACAGGUGGGCUGACCGAGGAGGAGCAGCUGGAGGAGGCCAUCAGAAACAGCCUGAAUGACAGAAGACCAACUCACCAGAGAGAAGCUCCGCCUCCUCCUUAUGGCUUCAACCUGCCUCAGGAGGAGCUCAGGGCCAGGAGGCUGAGGUGGCUCUACACCUGAACGUGUGUGUGUGUGUGUGUGUGUGUGUGUGUGUGUGUGUGUGUGUGUGUGUGUGUGUGUGUGUGUGUGUGUGUGUGUGUGUGUGUGUGUGUGUGUGUGUGUGUGUGUGUUUAAAACAUUUUCCACCUGAUUGGUGCCAAACCGUCGUGCAGCCACGGACUCUGUCUAAUGUACGGCAACACAAGUGUCAUUUAUUUUGCUGUGUUUAUAAAUGUCGUUUCACGUGCUCUCUGGUCAUUCGCCUGUUCAUUUAAGACCCGCCUGAGCUUUGCUGUGAAACUUUGUCGUGAGACGUUCUUUAACCUCAUAACUAACAUUUCUAAUAAGUCAUGAAGUUUCAAAUCAGUGUUGAAGAAGUACUUGCUCUGAUUCCCAUGAUGCCCUGGGGCAUCACAGGAAGUAGGGCAGUUUAAUUUAGAGCUGAGGAACGCCACGAGCUUCUCGUCCUACGUGGAUUUAAUGCAACUCCGUUUCCGUGACAUGGAUCCUAAAAACGGGAGAAACGUUUUGGUUUGAGCUUCGAUGGGCUCUCAGAGCUGCAGCUCUGGGACCAUACUCCUGGAUCAGAGGCUGCAGAUGUUUGUCCCACCUGCUGAGACCCCCAUCGCCACACGCUGCUCUCAUCUUCACCCACUCUAGUUGAUCCAGCAUGAAGGUCAGUUUGCCAGCUUCGUCUCCUGGGACCAGGAAGUGUUCUGCUGCUGCAUAAAUGAAACGAGCCCGUGGUCGCCCGAGUUUGGAUCCUUUCUUCUCCAGAGUUCAGAGAUUAAUGCUCAAAUCCUGUGGGUGGGUGGGGGUGAAUGGCUGAAGCAGAGGCCCAGACUGGGAUUGGAAGAGAAACCAAAUAAGUGUUUUCCAGACUGUUUACCAGGAGGGUGCACGAGUGUUGUGAAAGUGAUGGACCAAGACGGUUAAUGUCGUGUGGUUGGUAAUAAGCCAAGCGGAUGGUGGCACCACAGCUCUUAACUUGUUCCUGGGUGCUGACUGUAGAGUAAUCAAUAGUUGGUGGGAUAUUUCUGGACUUUCACAAGGAUGAUUUAGUCCCCAUAAGAAGUACCUCUUUGUCUUUGAGUUGGAGGGAACCCGGUCCCUGAUUUCUGCAACACAGCCGAGGAGAGACGAUGGUGGAGGAAGGAGUGGCUGAGACGUAAAGCUGGGCGUCGGCAUAACCGUGGCAAUGAUCAAAGUAAGUGGGAUGUAGAUGGUGAAAGGUACGGAGCCAAGGACCGAGCCUUGUGGAACCCCAGGCGUGACGGGAAACGCUGCAAAAGCAGCUAUCAGAAUAAAGAGAAUUGCAACUAAACCUGAGCGCUGCUGCUGGAGAUGAUGGAGCGACCCGGUUUUAGUCCGACAGCCAAGAGUUGGAACUUCUUUAGCGUAAAACGAUGAAUUUGUGUCCAGGAUGAAUUUGUCUUAGGCUACAAACGGCUGCAGACCCACUCAGAAAUGGAACUGGAUCCCAGGAGCACGGCCGUUUGAACGUUCUCCUCAUUCAGCUGACCUUUCUCAAGCUUGACCUGACCCCUCGCUACGACCUGAUACGGUAACCAGAGUACUUUCACCCUUCAGCAAACAUCAGUUGGGAUCUACUUCCACAGUUCUUUCUUCGCUCGGCUGUCGUCUCGACUGCUGUCACACUAUCUCUCCUUCUUCCAUUUCUGCCCUUUGUUCUCCAGCAUCCCGGCGUGGUUUUCUCCACUGCUUCAGGAAUUUUUCUCCCUUUGAAUUUUGAUUCCUCCCCAGUGUCUCCUGCUCUCCUACCUUUUCUCCUUCAUCUCUGCCUCCUCGUGUGUUUGAUGCUCUUUCAGGUGUUUUUGUUUUCUCGCUCUGGGCUUGAUCUCCACACACUUCACACGCUUCCUCUGUCUUCCCUCCUUGCAUAAAUGCCCCUUGUCUUUCCUCACCAGUUAGUUGCCUGAAGAUCAGAGUUGGCACGUCUCACUGUGAGCUGCAGAGUUAUGGAGCUUCUUAAUUCACAGCAGCAAUCUAGGUGACCCAUUUCUGCACAGCUCACACAUUUUAACGCUGUGAAGCGAAGUGCGUUAAUUCCACGCUAUAACCUCCCCACUGCAGUGUGGAUCUCUGCUGCAGGUCUGUCAGGCGCGACUCCACUUGAAUAAAGCACAACACCUGCUUAUUUUGUUUCUGCAGGGCAGAACUGGACACAUCACAAGCAGUUUCAUCACGUUUUACAUGAUUUCCUGUCUCCAAACAGUUUCCCGUGUUCUAUGCUGUCCAGGAUUCAGCAGCAGUUCUUCCCUGAUGGAAAAUGGGUUAAGGUUUUAUUUGUGCUGUUCUAAAGCCAAAGGGGCUGGAAUGAAGGCGACUGGACUUGAAUCAGAUCCUGAAAUGUUUGAACUUCUGAUUUUAGAGGUCUGAUGGUUUUAACCCAACAACCUUUUUUAUGCAUCUUGUUUCUAUGAGACUUUCGUUUUCUCCACUCUGGAGCGUUGCAUGCAGGUUAUUUCAUCUUUAACCUGAGUCUGACUAAACUUUGUGUUUAAAGUCUCAUCUGAAGGCAUUCGAACAACUUCUCACUCCAGGAUGAUUUUUCAACCAAGACAUUUCUUACAUUCGUUUUUAAAGUUUAAAGCGUUUAAACACUGAAAAAAAAAAUCUGUGCUCUUGACAUAAAAAAAUUAUAGACAGUGGUUCCACAAAACAAAGUUAAGUCCCAUUAACAUGGCACUUUAAUGUUUGUUGAAAUACUUUUAUUCAAGUGUAAUUAGUAUGACUUUUUAACAUCCAUAAAAUAAAGUAUUUUUAGGUUUAUUUAGCAUGAAAUAUUCAUGUUUCGAAGCAUAUUUUUUAUAUGGGAGGAACCUGAUUUUUUUAAGUUUAUAAAAUGAAUCAUUUUUAGGUUUGAUCAACAUGAGAUUUUUCAUGUUUGAUAGAUAUUUUUAAGUGUGAGAAAUAUGAUUUUUUCAACUUCAUAAUACAAAGAUUUUUUAUGUUAAAAAACACAAUUUUCAGCUAUCUUACACAAACCACAUUUUGUAUUGAUAGGAUAAUCAAUAACAAAGUACAUGAUUAAUCAUCUGCACAAUUGUUUUAUUUGAAUUUACAAAUACGAUUCCAUACUUGUGGUACAAUUAAAGAAACAUAACUCCACUGCAUUCAACAGUAUUGUGAGUUUAAAAAUUUGCUUUACAAUCACAAACUGAGUUUACAGAAUGAUGUAAAAAAACAACCAAAUUUAAACAUUUGUCUCUGUAGCCAAAAGCAGAGUACUCCCACAACCUGGUAGUUAUUGAUAUUAAAAGUGGAUACUGGAAACUUUACUCCGGAACUCGAAUAAACAUACCCACUCAUGAACAGUUUAAAUUACACACAGCAAACUGAAAUCUUAAUCUAUUACUUCUGAUUAUCAAGAACACUUUAUAUUCAAGAAUACCUUAGGAAAAAAAAUCUCAUUUUUUUAAUUAACGCUAUCCAAACAAAAUUGGCCUUUAUUUGGCUAAAUUGGACAACUAUCCAAAUCACAGAGGACUAUUUGGUCUUACCCUUUGUGCAAAUACUUCCUUCAUAAAAAACAUGAACUAACUGAUUAGUCACAAAAGGGGCUCAUUUUCACAAGUCACACCAAAGUUUCAUUACUGGCAAACCUUCUGAAUUGAGAAAUUACUUACAAAAAAAAAAAACCUGUCAACAGGAA